GCUCUCUCUGUCUCUCUCCCUCCCUCUCCCUUUCUCCAAUCCACACACACACACACACACACACCACUACAGUAUAUCAGUGAGCGACUAACGGAGAGCCAGAGGGGAGUGCAGAAAUGAAUGUGAAGAUCCUGACGCUGGUGAUUGUGCUGUUGGUGUGUCUGCUGUGUUCUGCCAGUGCUGGUCCCAUGACCUCCACGGAGCAUGGCAGAGCGCUGGAGGAGGCGGCCACCGUGAGGAAGGUGGUCCAGCAGAAUCCCGUCAGGGGCGGUCAGACCCACAGACCAGCCGGCUGGAAGAGGAGACGCCCACGGCCCCGUCUCUCCCACAAGGGGCCCAUGCCAUUCUAAAGCAAGGCACUGCUUCGAGCGCCCUCCCCCAGGUUCUGUUUCCUAUGCUCUUCCUUUGCCUUGGGGGGCCUUGCAACCAGGGGCCUACGCCUGCCCAGCCUGAAGAGUGAUGUCCAUAGCACCUGCUGGUUCUUCAAGCAACUCUUCUUCUGUCCACUAAAAAAUCAGGACAAGCCGCUCCCCCUCAGCUCUGAGAAGGAUCGGGGGCAGGGAAGGGGGGAUGGGGGGGUAUUGAGCCCGAGCUACCAGAUUCUAUCUCUCCGUCUCUAUCGCUCUCACUCCCUCACUCUCUAUCUCUGUCUCCUCCCAAGUGUUUUCUCUAUCGUUUGCUUUCUAGAGCCCUGUCAUAGCUGUCUCCCUGGGUGUCGCACACUUUGCAUGACGUGUGGCCGAGGGACAGCCGGUCCUGAACAGUCUUAGUCUUAAAGCGCCAGUCACUUCUCAUGGUGUGGUAUUUCCAUUCUCUCAAAUGCUAAGGUAACCACAGCCAUUAUUUCCAUUGCCGUGUAGCUACUUCUGGCUUUACUAUUGAAAGGGUGGUGAUUAUGAGGAAGGGCAGAGGCAGAGUUCCCAAAUUUGAUGACUGCAGUUAUCCAACACUUAUACAAGAUCAUACAAUGGCAGCCAGUUUAGCCUGUUUGCCUAGGAGGAAGUAGAUCCAAGGAUUUAUUUUCAGAAAGUAGAGAAACAUUGAAACCAUUACAUUCAUUUUGGCUACAUUACCAUUGUUGUUGGUGCUUUGUAUUUCUGUAGCAGCAUUCACAUGUAAAGUAAACAAAAUUGGGCUGAGGUGAGGAUUCCAUUUUGCCACUUUAAACAACAUGCAUUGUCAAAAAUGCUUUGAGCAACUCAACAAUUCCUUCAUCCAAACAGAUUCAGUUCAAAGCUCUUUUCAUGUUUUGAACCCAUUUAAAUAGGGGUUUAAAGAUGAGCUCAAGUUUAAUGCAACAGUACAGUGUCCUGAUUGGUAAUCAGAGUCAUCUGAUCCCAGUCCCACUCAUAUUCUCUGGCCUCCUCACCACUCUGCUGCCAUGUGCAGCUGUUCUACACGACUGUUAACUGGCAGGGGUGGUCUGCUUCAACAGACAGACUAGCUCGCCUUUUAAUGAAGUGCCAAAUAAUAACCUACUCCACAAUGCUGCCAGGAACGACAGAACGAAAGGAAGGGAAAAAUGAGAAACACAUUACCUCUUGUUUGAAGUCUCGAAACACUGACACAUAUGCAUUAUGAUACGUUUCUAAAAGAGAAAUAAAAUCCCAUUAAAGGCAGUGGUAGCAAGGAGGACAGUUAAAUUAGACCAAAAACACUUUCAAGCUGUCAUCUGUCAGCUCAGUAAAUAAACCACCAUGUUCAGCCUACCAAUAGUGCUCUGUUUUCUGACUGUUUAGCAUGAGGCUGGAUUGACCCUUUGACUGAGAUCUUUGAUUGACGGAAUGCUAUGCCUUUCCAUCAUACUGGAAUAUAUUACUGUUUUGUUUAGAUAUCUUCGUUCUAUUUUCAAUUCUUUUUUUCUCAGGGUGCUGUGAUAGAAGCCUGUAUCAGAGCAGUCUCUAUUUUGCGCAUUUAUUUUAAAUAAAACACACAACAUACAUUUAUAUAUGAGCAUAUUUUCGUAUACUGUAUCUUUACUCUCCCUGCCUAUGUAUACGCCACUAUAGCCAUGUAUCCAUACUCAGUCCUUCCAAGUCAUUAGGGUUAUAUUUCCCUCCGUUGGGUACAGUUGCCUUUCCAGCUCGCGCUUCCACAGCACAGGUGGUCAUGGCUUUGAUCAUUAGGGCCAUUAAAUCCGAUGGCUAAUCUUUUUCACAUGGGUUUCCCCCAAGCCUGGCUGAAGCCAAUCACAGUCUGAGCUUAUUGUCAAAUUGGCUUAGAUUUGAACCACACCCCACCCCUCUCCAACCUCAACCGCCUGAUGGUCUAUGAUAACUAAGUAACAAGUCACAACUGAGACCCAGAGAGAACCAUACAGUGCCAUUACCUACCAUCCUGUUGUUUAUGAAAUGUGUGGGGCAUAUGGGCAAAUCUGUUUUUCAGUCAUUCUCAUAAGUAAAAAUCUGGUUUUAACUACAGUAUGACUGACUUUCACUAUCAGACUGUAACCAAACACUUCAACACAAGCAGUGUAAACAAAAUGACCAUACCAGGAAACUUGUGCUUGUUUUCCAACAUGUUUGGUUGCAGUAUCCCAGUGUUAUAACUUCUCUCCCCUCCCUUACCAUUUCUCUCUCUAACACUGGAAAAAAGUAUUCUCAGGCACCUCUGCCUCCGAGCACGAAGAACCUCUCAUUAAUAAGAGACCAUCUAAAAUCAUAGUUCUCAUUCAUCCACCCAAGCUAACCUUGAUAAAAAAUGUAUUAAAUCUUAGGGCACUGCGAAGAGUAAUCAUUUCAGUUGCACCCUUAUUAUUUAAUGCCCAAUGAGACAGAGAUGUAGAUUUCAUUAAUGCUCCUUGGGAAUGAGACAGCUUUGCUCGAGUGUCUCAUGUAUUAUUGGGGGUCAUGGUAGGGAAGAUAGAGCCACUAGACAAGAGACAUAAACCACAACAAUUGGGAAGUUGAAGCAGGGUCAAAAUAAUUGGCCAAAUCACAAUUUUGCAGCCCGAGAAGUGAAGUUGUUUAAGGAGCUGAGCAAUGCCUGUUUCCACAUUGUUCUUCAUGAAUGUAUCCUCACCAUCUGCACCAGCCAAGCUGCCCUUCCAGAGAGUGGAGCAAACCAAUAUUUAUGUAUAGGACCAAUCUGAGUCUUGGUCCCCCAAACACCACCCUCAUCACUGCUACUGCACCAUGAUGAUGGUUAUCGGAUCAUGCAAAACCAAAUAUGACACGAUCCAAAGCCUCCAAUAUUCACAAGUCCCAUCAAUCAACCUGGCAUGGCUCCAAGACUUUUCUGUAUGGGCACGCAAGGCUGCACUUUGCAAUUCCAUUAUGCUGCUGGAAAAUAAACCGUGAAAACAAGAGUAUCUUGGUAUGAAAUGGUUUUCCAGUGUAUUUCCUUUGCAAUUUAUUUUGUUUGAUUCUUGUCUAGCUGGUUGUCCAAAGCUUACUUUUUGAAUAGCCUAUAGUGUGGAAAGUUGUAUCUUUUGCGAUUGUAACAAUGAUAGAAAAUUAGUCUGCAACUUCGUAUGUCGUGGACCUGAGAAAGAUUUCAGUCAUCCUCCUCAGAACCCAUUGCCCACAGUCUUGCCCUGAACAUCAGGUUAAUGGGGCUUGUGGUGUAAAACGACAAGCGUGUCCAAGCUCAAACUGAAAUGCUAAACCAAUACAUUAUGCUCGCAGAGCAUAACACUUUCCCCUAAUGGUCUUUUCCAGCCAGGCUUACACAAGAGAAACUAUUCCCAUCCUUUCAUUAUGGUUCCCUCACGAUUCCUCAUCUCUCUGUGACAUCACAAGGCCUGAGUAAUGUUCCUAUGCACUUGUUAGCAUGUUUCCCUGGUAUGUUAGUUCAGAAAACAUUUUUUUUGUGUGUGUUUAGCUAUUUUUCACUUUUCAACAUGUGUGUUUGGCUGGGAGUGUGUGACAAUGAGGGAUGAGCAGAGGGAUGGAAAUGAACGUGACUGGUGCAGAGAAAAGAGAGGAGGUUAGCAACGAGCAAGCUAGCAGAUAGCUAGCAAUAGCUUAGCCAUGGGUGACAUCCUCUAGCUGUAGUGUAGACAGUCAGUGAAAACUUUGUGAUUUGUUAUCUUCCAAAUUUCUGUUAUCAACUCUCAAUUCUCUAGCAGCCCAAAUUUCUUUCCUGAUAACAUCAGUCCAACAUUCUGUCUUAGCCAUCAAGGUAAAAGAAGAGUUAGCGUGCAAUACAUUCCAUGGUUUUACUGCAUUGUAUCUUGAACAUCUAAAUUCACCACAUAUUAUGUUCAGGGUAUCUGCAGGAUCAAGUGACUGAGAUUCAAUCCAGUGCAUUCACACAUUUUCACUGGCCGGGCAAUCCAAUCCAGGAUAACUAGAUUUAAACUCUUGUGGGAAAUGCGAAUGAUCUGUCAUUAUCUCCCAGCCUCAAGUGAGGCUCCCUAUACCCAGAAUAGAUCAGCCCUCCUCCAUUUAUAAUGGCACACUUAUAGUACUUGUCCACUACGUCCAACAUCAAAAUCAUUCAGAUCAGUCUGAGGAGAACUCCAGAGUCUGUAGGCUUACAUGCCAUUGCAACAGUGUUAAAUAACGUUAAAAAUACAAUGUAUUACUUCUGAACCCUGUUUAAUCCUGUUUAAGGUGUGUGUUCAUAUUACUCACCAGGCCAAAUGUACAGUCCCUGUCUCUGUUUUGAUGUUGAACUGGGCAAAAAUAAAUAAAUAAAUAAAUGAAUAAAACAAGUGUAUCAGAAAUGGUUGAAAUACUGUGUACAUAUUUGAACUUUUGGUUUCUAAUUUAUAAAAGAUAAGCUUUAGCUCUUGGAGUACUUAUUUUAUUUUUUCCUUUCAUGCGUAGCUUUGUGUUUUUUAUUUUCUAUUUCUGUAAAGUGUGUAAAUAUAUCUUUAUGAUAACAAGUAAUAUUAAAAAAUCUUAUUUUAAGAAA